GCUUCCUAUACUUACCGACUGAGGCUGAGGUACCACCCACCGGAACUGGCUGAGGGAGUGCGCAGUGUGCACAGGGUAGCAACCAGUCGCUGGAGAAUAGGCCAGCCCUAAGGCAACCUGGGAGGCCUGUGGGCCUGAGGUGACCAGUGACCCUCACGGGGAGCAUCCAUCUGUUGGGAGGGGAGCCUGUGUCCUGCGGUGACCAGCGACCAGCGCUGCCUCUGGGCCUGAGAGAUUCUACUACUAAUGGCUGACACAAAAACUUCCAAGUGUGAUGAACAUUUCAGUGUGGAGAAACUAAAGGAAUGGCCAGAGCCGGAGUCUGUUUCUUUAAUGGAGGUAUUAGCUCGAGAAGACAUCGAUAAAGCUGUGCAUGCAGUAUUAUUUAGAGAAAACUAUGUUGUGAAGAGAUUGGAUACAUAUUUACAGCAUCUGGCUGUUUUUAAGGAAAGAAGAAAAGAGAUGUUACAUAAGAAAUGGGUUGAAAAUGUGGUGCAACCUCUUCAGCAGAGAAUUACAGAUAAAGUAAUUUCACAUAGAAGACCUGGAAAAAAUCAAGUGAAAUAUGAUCAUUGCUUAAAGCCCUCAAAUAAGCCGACUAAAGUGUCUUCAUCGUGUCUGUUUCAAAAACAGCAAGAGCUCAGAGAAGCAAAAGGAACCAGUUACCAGCAUGGCAGAGGAAAAAUGCAUGACACACAAAAAGAAGCCAAAGAAACUGAGAAUGGUCUCCCCUUCACCAGAUCGCCCCCAUUCCCACUCAGGCCCUAUUGCACCUGUCCCAGAGAGAGGCAGAGAGCCGCUGCGCGGCUUGUGCAGAGUAAGGCUGGUGGCAGGAACAGGUACAAGGGAGCCAGUUCUGAAAAGCCUGUCUUUACAUUAAAGUCUCAUCUGCCUAAGGAAGAGAAGACUGUCAGUCGAAGCCAGCUUGUUUUUGAAAGACAGUUCCGAGCCUCAAGGCUCAGCCAGGAUAUCAGAGAGGCUGAAAAGAAGGGUCUGGUUGUAGGGGUCGGACCACAGAGACCACGCUCCUGGGCAGCAGCAGAUAGUCUGCAGGGGCCAUCACCGGUGGGAAGAAGAGUGAUGACAGCCGAGAUCCUGGGCAAGCAUCUGGUCUCCCUGCAUCAGGCAGCCAGGUCAGGCCUCCAGUGGCCGUAGAGCUUCGCCCCUUCCUCUUGCAUGCAACUGCGAAUACUGACGGGGCAGCUUCUCUCUAGGUAGGAAGCUAUAGCAGGAAAUAUCCAAAUAACAGCAGCUAGAUUUUUAAGUUCUGGCUGUGACCCAGGAAGUCUGUGUGGGGUUUUUGUUUCAUUGAACCAUUUAACAGCAAGACAGCUUUAUCACCUCCCAGCAUUUGGCCCUCAGAAGGGCUCUGUGCCUGGCGUGGGGGCAGUCCCCAGCUCAAAGGUAUCAGGCUUUAUUCCAGUUCAGCCCUGCUCCUCUUCCAGGCUGCGCUCUCCUCACAGAUACUCAGGCGUGGCAGUGGGAAACAAAUCCGUGUGUUGCCUCUGUGGGCACGGAAGGGGCUUGACAGGAACUCCUCACCAAGGGGAGACUUCUAGUUGUAUGAGGGCUGUCUGCUUCCUGAUAGCAGGAGUCUCCUCAUAUCCUCUAGAAAGUUGGGCUCACAUUUCAGUGGGGAAGAGAACUUGACCUCCUCAGAGGCAGAUCUGGGUCACUGGGUGAAGAGGACAACUGGAGUUGCUGGCUGUACCCUCUCUGGUCAUCAAAGUCAUCUGACUCAGAUCCUUAUGGCUCCUGUGUCCUAAAUCUGACCAAGGUAUCCUGAUUGUUGAGUGACAGGGACAAUACUAGUCACACUUACCCAGUGAGAAUUAAAGUCCCUACAGGGGAGUAGGAUUGAUGUGUAGCUAUAGUUAUGAGUGACCCCAGAGUUUUAAACUCGCUGGAUUGCCAUGUCAUACUACACACAGGGUGGUCUGCAGCAACUCUCCCUGACUUCAGUUGCAUCUUGAUUCAGCACCAGCAAAACAUGCUCCCCAAACGUAGGAAAGCCGGAGCAGGCUUGCUCAACAGGCUGUGCCUGGCUCUUCCAAGCUCCCUGUAGAUAAGCAUGAUGCUGGUUGUUUCAGUUUUAGGUACCAGGUAAAGGCCCUUUUCUGUUUUAACCAGUGGUGCUGGGGUCAGUAUCUGGGGUCAGUAAGGGAUGAGUCUUUAAAAUUAAUCUUGAUGUGCUGAACUGUGUGAGUCGGCCAGUGAUUAUAUUUAAAUAAAAACGGGGAGAAUGGAAGAGGCCUGAGGUACUCUCUGAGCUGCUGGAAAACAAUGUUGUCUUAGCAGUCCAAGUGAUCCUUUCAAAGGAUGAAGAUCUUGUGUUCAAAAAUUAGUUAAAUAUUUUAAAAUGUUGUAUUUCAGUACUGACAGGCCAAGCCAGCAGUAUGGCUAUGACUCUGAAAGGACAGGAGACAGGAUGUAAUCAGGACACUGGAGCUGCAGAGCAACAGAUGUGCAGAUAAUCCUGACCUUUGCCCUUCGCCCUUCCUGUGGGUCACCCCUUUGGUUCAGACAGGCCAAUCACAGCCCCUAUGCACUUCACCCACCCACAAAAGCCACCAGUGAAAUCAAGCCCCAGAAACCUGACAGAGAUGCCCACAAAGCCCUGGGCACACUAGGAGGAGGGUCAGGCAGAUCUCUUGGCCCCACCUUACCCCAUCCUUCCGGUUACAUUAUAAACAACUUCUGAAAGUAACUGUUAAAAAGCCUUCCACAUAGAGAGUCAAGCUUUGAAAGGAUUACAUUCAUAAACUUAUACUUUUAUUCUCUUUCUGUACAUUGUUGGCAAUGAUAAAGCUUAAAGAUGCAUGUUCUAUGAAAUAUGCAAAACAAGGAAUUUACAUAAAUAAUUUAUACUUAAGAAAAUUAAAGUUGAAAAAUAUCCCCACAUUAUUAGAGUUCACAGUAUAUUUAAAGUACAUCAAGCUUUCCUCCUUAUAUUCAAACUAUAGUAUUUCAAACUAUAUUGUCUUAGCAGAGAAUGAUAAUAUCUAGUCAGAAUAAAACGAUCAAGUUUCUAUU